GCAGCUUAGCCUAGCACUGCUGCAGCUUGCUUGCUUUGCUUUGCUUCUCCAGUAUUCUUCUUGGCCAGGCCUCAGAGCAGAGCUUUGGCUUGGCUAGUCGUCGUCCGCGGAUAGUCUCCGCUGCACCGUGUGCGUGCAAGCAAGGCAAGGCAACCAGCCAGCCGCGGCGACGACCGAUCGUCAACAAGCUCGAUCGCCUUGGCCGGCGGCCGGGCGGGCCACCGCAAGCCGCGAGCGAUGGAGGAGCAGCUGGGCCCGGUGGCGGUGACGCACCUGCUGCAGCACACGCUGCGGAGCCUCUGCACCGGCGACGCCCCGCAGUGGGUCUACGCCGUCUUCUGGCGCAUCCUGCCCCGGAACUACCCGCCCCCCAAAUGGGAUCUCCCUGGCGCCGCGUACGACAGGACCCGAGGGAACAGGAGGAACUGGAUCCUGGCAUGGGAGGACGGGUUCUGCAACUUCGCGGCGGCCAGCAGCUCUGCCGCCGCGUCCGCGUGCGGCCAAGAGGGGGCAGCGGCAGCUGCGGCGGUUGCAUAUGCCGGGGACUGUGAGGCAGCUGUGCAGGAUGCGGUGAAGCACCAGCACCAGCAGGCGCAGGGCCUGCAGCCUGAGCUGUUCUUCAAGAUGUCCCAUGACAUCUACAACUACGGCGAAGGUCUGAUAGGGAAAGUGGCGGCAGACCACAGCCACAAGUGGGUGUUCAAGGAGCCCCAGGAGCACGAGACGAGCAACCUCAUCUCCUCCUGGAGCAACCCUGCAGACUCUCAUCCGAGGACGUGGGAGGCGCAGUUCCAGUGCGGCAUCCAGACCAUCGCCCUGAUCGCUGUCAGGGAGGGCGUCGUGCAGCUCGGCUCCAUGAAAAAGGUAACGGAGGACCUGAGCUACGUGGUGAUGCUCCGCCGCAAGUUCGGGUACCUCGAGAGCAUCCCGGGGGUGCUGCUCCCGCACCCGUCGUCGGCGGGCGUGUUCGCGGGCGGUGGGUGCGUGGGGCCCCCGCCGGACAUCGCCGCGGCGUGGUCGUCGGGCCUGAUGCAACCGCCGGCCGCCGGCGCCGGGCCGCCGCUGGAGCUCUACGACCCCUACGGCGCCGGCGCGAUGGCCGCCGGGCCAGGCGCCGCCGCCGCCGCCGCCGCCGCUGCGUCCAUGCACAUCAUGCCGUCGAUGAGCAGCCUGGAGGCGCUGCUCUCCAAGCUGCCGUCGGUCGUGCCGCCGGCGCCGCAGCCAGCCGGGUCCGUGCCCGGAGCAGCGCCGCCGUCCAAGGACGACGAUUACGACGACGUGCAGGUGCAGCAGUGCCAUGGCAUGGACGACGUGGCGGCGAGCAACGGCGCAGCAGCGGUCGAGAGCGCGAGCCCGAGCGGCGCUGCCUCCGCGCCCAUGUCGUCGUCGUCGUCCUACUUUGUCAACGUGGGCAGUAGUAUUAAUCCCGGUGAUCAUGGGUUUUAGCUCGUCGUGGCAGCCCGGCCGGCUGCUCGUCUCGUAUGAUGGCAUGGCCAUGGCGUGCUUGUUAAUUAAUUGUGCUGGUCUUCGCUAGGGCGAAACCUAUCGAUCAUAUAUUACCAGUUGCCGUCGCUAUAUGCUAAUUAAUUAAUGUAGUUAACCCAAUGAUUUGGCAAUGUUGUCGUC